UUUUUUAUUUGUUUAUUACAUACUGUAUUAACAUUUACGAGCUGAGCUUUGUGAAACUCGUGGGUAUGAUCUCUUCCAUUUUCAUUUCUCCUUAAUUCUUUCCUCUUAUAAAAUUAAACUGUCGGGAUUUUUCCUUGAAAUCUGCAUUUGAACAAGGCCCAUUUUCAUCCUCUUUUCUCUGUUGUUUUGGGUGUUUGUGUUGAGAAAAAGGUAAAAUUAUUCGGUGAUGUCUCAAUCUGAGUCUGAGAGCAGUUUAUCUUCAGGUGUUUUAGCAGAGCUUAAGCUGUAUCAAGCUUUCAUCUUCUCUGUCCCUAUUUUCUUCGCUUUCAUACUGCUCUUCAUGUUCUAUUUGUUCUAUCUUCGGCGCCGGCGAGCAGAUUGGUCAUCUCUUAGAAUGAGAACCGACAACGACAAUCACCUCUCCAUGGCUGAAUUGGGCCUCAAGAAAGAAGUAAGAGAGAUGCUACCCAUUGUUAUAUACAAGGAGACAUUCUCCAUCCGAGAUACUCAAUGCUCAGUAUGCCUUGGGGACUACCAAGCAGAGGAUAAGCUUCAGCAGAUACCUACAUGUGGCCAUACAUUUCACGUGGACUGCAUUGACCAUUGGCUUGCCAACCACACCACCUGUCCACUCUGCCGGCUUUCUGUCCUUGCUUCUCCUAAGGUUCCUGAUAAAUUGCCUGUUAUUCAAGCUGAAAAUGAUCAGGAGUCAUCUCAUCCAGUGAAUAGUAAUGGAUUAGCCGUUCAACUGGUGUCCCAAAGUUAUGAAGAAACACAAGGCGUACAACCUUCUGAGCCAACAAUUGGAGAUGCAAGAAUUUCCCAACACAACAGUGACGAACAGGAAUGUGUGAAUCAGGGAAGAGAGUUUAGAAAUACAAGGAAUGAAACCAGAGAGCAUGAGCGUAGCAGCGGAAUAUCUGCUUGAUAUUUUACAUGAAGUGAGGCCAUCAAGUUGAGAAUGGUGAUUCCAUAUGUACCAUUUUCCAAGACACAAAGGAGUCAUCAGAAGAUUCUGACAUAACAAACUUCUGUGAGUAUUCCAGCCGAAUUGUACUUUAAACAAACAAAUCAUCAACAAGCUGAUGCUGCUUCUGAUAUUGGCAUCCCUAGGCUGUGCGUAACUGCUUAGAAAAAUGAAGUCUGUCAACUUCGAGUGCUUUUUUAAAGGUGGUGCUAGAUAUCAAUCAUCUUUUUUUUUUUGUUUUUCUUUUGUGGAAAUCAGUAAAAAUGUAUAACUUGGGCUCAUUUAAGUCAGAUUUGGUAGGAGGGAAUUGGAAGCUUAUGUGUAACUGGAGUAGGCUAUGUUUGAGCAAAGGAAAUGAAUGCCUUUGUUUUUGGGUCAAUAGGAGGAAGAAAGAUCUCUGACUUUCUUCUCCUGUAAACUUGUGAAAAUUAAUCAUAAUCUUCUUUUUUUCCCUAAUUAAUAUGUGUAGAAUAUUUUAUGAAAAUUAAUUAAAAAUAAAAGAUAGGAUGUGUUUCUUGCUAGUUUGGAGUUCCAAUCUUAGUUACAUGA